AAUUUCUUUAAUAAAAAGUGCACAAAAGCAGGGGUUUUCUACUUAUUAUAAUAAGAGGGAACUUUUUAUAUAUUUGCAAAAUUGCAUUUGCAGAAUCCACAAACACAUAGAACCCAAUCACAGCUCACCACAUUCAUCCACUGCUUUUUUGUUCUCUACCCUUAUUGCUUCUUCUUUCAUAUACCCAUUUUUUGUUUUCAACUUCAUUAAGCUAUGACACUUUCUUUUUCAACUUCAAUUUAUUUUCCAAUCUUUUCCAAUUAAAGCACUUAUUUUCCUUUUUUGUGUCUUGUUUUUGUCCCAAUUUUUUCUUUCCCUUUUCUUUGUUGCCCAACAUCAAGGAAAAGGGAAAAUAAAAAACACUUCUUUUUAUUUUUUCUUCUUCUUCUUCUUCUACUUCAUCACACCCUUUCAUAAAUUCUCAAUCUUUCUGCUAUUUCCAAACUGGGUUUUCACAUUCAAUGUCUUAUGCUUAUACCCUUUUGUUUUUUUCCUUAGUUUCUUAUUGAUUUUCCCAUUUGGGUCAUGCUUAUGUUCAUGCUACACAAAUAAAGUUCUCAUUUUUACCUUCAAGAAAAAAAAUAAUUAAUUUUUAGCAGUUUUUUUUUUUUCAAGAACUUUUUGGAUUUAGAUCUUGCACAAGUGCUUUUUUUUUUUUGGACGAAUCAGGUAAUAGUCUUCAAUAUUCAAUAUCAAUUUGAUGCAUUUUCUUUGAUAAAGUUGAGUCUAUUCUAGAUUCUUAAAGAGUGUGUGUGUGUCUCUUUUCACACACAAAAAAAUAAAAAAAAGCAAAGAAGAAAUUCUGAUUCCUUUUGAAAAAUGCUUAUUGAUUUAUCUUUCAUAUUGUUGUUGUGGUAAAUUCUCCACCUCUGCUUCUCACCAUUUAUCUCUUUCCUCUGUUUCAAAACCAUAAAGUUUUGAUUUUUCAAGUGAAAUCUUGAAAAAACUUUUUAUACAUGCUCUUAUAGUUCAAUUUUCCAUCUUGGGUUUUUUCACUUUUUUGUGAUGAAGUGGGAAAUGGAAAUUCUUUCACCUAAUUCUCAUCCUCAUGCACCAUUUGUUCAAAAUUCUAACAAUACCAACAAUUGGUUUUUGGAAGAUAAUAGCAGCAUAAUUAACAGGAACACAAAAUGGACUCCUGCAGAGAACAAAUUGUUUGAAAAUGCUCUUGCAGUUUACGAUAAGGAUAAGCCGGAUCGGUGGCAUAAAGUAGCUGAAAUGAUACCUGGAAAGAGUGUUAUUGAUGUGAUGAAUCAGUAUAAGGAAUUAGAAGCUGAUGUUUGUAACAUAGAAGCUGGUUUAAUUCCAAUUCCUGGUUAUAGUACUAGUACUACUACUACUACUACUUCACCUUUUACCUUAGAUUGGGUUAAUUCUUCUGGUUAUGAUGGUUUUAGAGGAAUCAAUUCAAAGAGAGGCUCUUCUGGUAGAUCUCCUGAUCAAGAAAGGAAAAAAGGUGUACCAUGGACUGAAGAAGAACACAAGUUAUUUCUAUUGGGAUUGAAAAAGUAUGGAAAAGGUGAUUGGAGAAACAUUUCAAGGAAUUUUGUGAUAACAAGAACACCAACACAAGUUGCUAGCCAUGCUCAAAAGUAUUUCAUAAGACAACUUUCAGGAGGCAAAGACAAAAGAAGAGCUAGCAUUCAUGACAUAACAACAGUUAAUCUCACAGAAACUUCUAGAACUUCUCCAAAUUCAGAAGACACAAAAAGAUUAUCCACUUCACCAAACCAUAACAAUUCGAUGAAUAUCAACAAGUAUUCAGCUGUUAACGCCGCAUCUGAGAUGCAUUUUCAGCCAGCUAUGAAUGCAUUCAAUCCUGCUGCACAUGAACAAAUUUUCAUGUCUCCUUAUGGAGUUAAUAACUCUUAUGGAUUGCAUAGAAAUCAUCCUCUUCAUGAGUCUUCUUACUUUGGAUCUCAGACACAAAACAUGGUUUUCCAAAUGCAAUCUUCUCAACAACACUAUUCACAUGCAUGAUGUGGUGAUUGGUUGCAUUGAGUUAUUUGAGUUAUUUAAUAUUAUGGCUAGAACAAGUAUCUUUUGUUUGGUUUUUUACUAGUAGUAGUAGUAGUGUAGUAUAGUACAGUGUUUGUGCUUUUUACCAAGUUUUAUGUGAAUAUAUUGCAUUAGAAUAUUAGUUAGUUGGUUAGUUAAGUUAGUUAUUAGUUAUUACCUUCUUGGUAUAUGAACUUUGAUGGAAUUGGAAGGUAUAAUAGACUUUUUUUUUUCUGUAACAACCUUAAACUUCUGAAAGGUGAAAGCUGCAAGAAAAAUAUGUUCUGUAACUUCUGAUUUUGAAGGUAGUUAAUAUAAGAAUAUUGAAUUUGAAGCCAA